GUCGGGGACGGCGGGUCGGGAUACAGCCGCGACGAUGGCGCGGUGGCCCAUCAAGCCUGCACCCGCUUCGUCCUCUCAUCCCCCCCGCGGAGCCGUUGCGCGCGACCAGCGUCGUUGAAAAAUCAAUGAGCCCCGUUAUCUCGGCAAAAGCUCUCUCCUGGCCGCCGCCGCCGCUUUGUCGCGCGUUUGAGAUAAUACGCGGGUUUUGUACACACGAGCGAAAACAAUACAAAAUAAAACGAAAUCCUCGAACCGUAUUACACAUAGGUUCGACGCGAUAACGAUAUUAUAAAUUGUAAUAAUUGUGAGUACGCGUACGGUUGCGAUAGUGACACGGUAAAAUAUUAUUAUUAAUCAAUUACCCGCGGCCUUUACAUAUAGUAUUAUUAUAUAGUGUUGUACAAAAGUCGGCCGUCCCCCGCGAAUCCCGCCGCGGUCUCUGCGUUGACCGUCUUCAGAUCGCAUAAUACAUCGUCGUCGUCGUCGUCGUCGAUCGUCGCAAUAAUAUGGAUCCUGGUCCGCAAGCCUACGGGGCCGGCAAAGUCGGCGGCCAAUUCAACGUUCAAAACUUUGUCCGCAAACCUCACGUGUUCGUCAGACUUUUGUCGUUGUUAUUUGGUUUGAUCGUGUAUUUUUGUGCAUCAUCUGGCUCAUGGACUACAGAUACAAAAACUAACGAGGAAAUAUGCAUGUUCAAGCUUAAGAGUUUUGGAUGUCACAUUGGAGGUGUAGUAGGUUUUACGUCGGUGAUCGGAGCAGCAGUAUUCGUCGGUGGUGAAUAUUAUUUUGAAAACGUGCCGUCGGUAAAAAGCCGUAAACAUUAUGUGCUCAUCGACCUUGGAUUCUCAAGUCUAUGGUCGUUUUGGAAUUUUUUACUUUUCAUUUAUUUAUCUAACUCAUGGAGUGAUACACCUGAUUUUCCUGAUUCAAUUAGCACUGCCAAUCCAACCACUGCCAUUUAUUUUGCAUUAUUUGCUAUUUUUUCAUGGGGUACUUCUGCAUAUUUUUCAUAUCAAAGAUAUCAAAUGGGCGUAGAUCCAGCAUUUGUAUCAUCUUUUGAAGCCGAUCAGUUUGGAGCAUACGAAGAAACGCAAAAUAACAGUUCCAACGAAUCUCCAUUUAAUAAACAGAUGUCGGGUGAAUAUCAAACUCAAGCUUACUAAGUAAGCUGAUUGUAGUACACAAUCAGUUUUUCAACUAUGAUGCUGGACAUGCCAGGAGAUUGUGUUUUUACUACACGUCUUACCAAAUUACUUAUCGCCGAUGGUAUUACUGGUUUUAUUACUUCACAAUAACUAAACAACAUAUUUUAUUGAAUAGUUAGUUGCGAGUAGUAUCAAUUUUUGAAAUUUGUAACAAAAUCGUUUAUGAUAAUUAUAUAUAUUUUUUUUUUUAUAAUUAUUAUUUUUUUGAUAUACUUAUUGUAUCAUUACAUUUUCAACUAAUAUUCUAUACAUUAUUGUUGUUGUCCGUUUAUAAAAACUUAAGUAAAUUUUAGUAAGAAAUUGUGAAAUAAUUAUUGGUAUUGUUAAUAGUUUUUCUUUAAAUAAAAUUAUAUUAAGCGUCGACGAAAGCCUAAAAACGAAGUAUGAUGCAUCAUGGCACAAAUUUUUACGAUCAAAUUCUUAGAGUUUAUUCUCCAUAACAUAAUAUGCAUAGGUGUUUAUGUAUAUACCUAUUAUACCUACUGUUAUAAGUAACGUACAAAAAAAAAACAAACAUAAUUCUAAUCAAUCUCUAUAAUAACGUUCUUUUUCUAAAAUAUAAGUGAUAAACAUAUUUUUAAAUAAAUAGAAAUAAUUAGGUACUCAUAUUAAUAAUAAUGUCACAGGCAAUAUUAGAUUUUAGUAUUAGAAAAUAUAAUGUAGAUACGUCAUCAUCGUGAUUAAUGCGAUUAUUACGAACCCAUUUUUGUUUUGCCGUAUCAGUAUUUUGUCGGUAGAUACAUCCUAUAUCCUAAUAAAUAUAAUAUAAUAUAAUAUAAUAUAAAUUAAUAAUCAACUAUUAAUAUUAACAUUACUAUAUUAUUACAUACAAGUGCUAAUGCGCGUAUAUAUUAUAUAUAUUUUUUUUCUUAAAAUAUAUUUAAAGUGAUGAGAAAUAUAUGCAUACGGAUUAUUCA